AUGGCGCCUACCAUAGCUCCCUGCCAACCGUCCAACGACAAAAAGAUGGCCGAGUUUUACAAAAAUCACUAUGGCCAGUACCAAACGAUUUACUGGCUCGCCUUGACAGUUCUCCUUUUGAUCGGCAUGGCCGUCACAUGGCACCUAUGCCGUAUGUGUGUGCGCAGAGCAGACAAGAAUGAACAAGAGCGCCUCCAGGCCGAGCAGAACGGCUCCAACGCCCCCAACAAGAAGACGCCUUGGUCCCAGCGGUUCUGCAGACUAGACGACCCACGAUCGGGGGAUCUCGAACUGGGAGGACGAGGUGGACGAGGUGGACGACCGCAUGCCGAUGACAGCCACAACCACGACCGGCCUGCCCAGGAUCCCUCGGCGACGUCUCCGACGCCCCCUGCGCCGGCAUAUGGCAGCCUGAGGACUAGGGACAGGGACAGACGCAGUGGUGCUGGGUCUCGAAUCUCUCGAUCCCAUCAGCGCACGCCUCCUCCCAGUUAUGCGUGA